UUGGAGGUGCAGUGGAUCCCACGAACUGAAAAUGAGAAGGCGGAUUACAUCAGUCGUCUUAUAGACUUUGAUGAUUGGCAAAUCACGCGUGAUCUCUUUCUAAGUUUGGAAGAGUUAUGGGGCCCGCAUACAGUUGACCGUUUUGCCAAUUAUUAUACAGCUAAGCUUCCUAGAUUCUUUUCGCGUUUCUGGAAUCCGGGUGCGUCAGGAAUAGACUUCUUUGCCCAAGAGUUAAGUUCCGAGAAUUCAGCUGAGAAUUGUUUAGUGACCCCCUUUAGUGGUUCCUCCAGUUUCUCUUGUUGCUCGCGUUAUCCAUUAUCUGAGCCUACAGAAAGCGAUGGCUACUCUUGUAGUACCAUUAUGGCCUUCGUCCAGUUUUUGGCCUCUUCUGACGGGCAAAUAUCGGUCGCUCAUUAAAGGAUGCUUUACGCUGAAUGCCUCCCAAGCUCUCACCCUCCUCGUUUUACAGGGAGGUUGUCGCGCUUAGAUUCGAAUUUUUUGUAGGGAUUAUCCAGCUUUAUUGCCCUUCGAGUAGGUCAUUCUGAACUAGCUUUUUAGUGCUGGUAUUUGCAGGAUUUGACACUGGUCAUUAGUUGCAUGGACAGCUGUGUCCAGGUAAAUGACACUGGUCAUGUGAAGGGACGACUGCGUCCGUUGGAGAAGAUUUCUGUCGUUUUAGAUUUUUGUUAGUAGAACGAGGUUUCGAGUUCUCUCGAGAAUGGGAGACCUGUUCACGUAUGAAAAAUUGUGUCCUUUUUUGACACUGGUUCGCGAAUCGUAACUCAACCUGCCAUUCUGGCCAAGGUUUUUCACAAGGUUGAACUGCGUUGUUCUUGUUGGUGUAGGUUAUUUACCUUUCUUAAUCAAGGCUGUAACUUUGUUUUUGUUGAUUGUUAGGUUAUUUUAGUGUCCGAGCUCAGACUGUGUCCUAGACAGGGUGUUUCCUACUUUAUAUUCGUUUGUCCGUAGUUUAUGGGACCUUUUGGGGGAUUUAAAUGAUCUACGAGAGCAAGUCGCGUUUGGGGUAUAUAUGCAGUUAUUACGCGUUUGUUAUUAAGUUUUCUUUGUAGGUUAUUCGCUAGGCCUUUGUUUAGGAGCUACUUUGCAUGCCUAUUUUGCCCCGGGGAGGUCGGUGUAGUUUCCUUCUAUUAUGCUCCCUGCAGACAUUGCGUCAUAGGCAUAGAGCCUGUUGUUGCAAAAUUUUGGUGAUAUAAUUUUUUCUUGCAGGUCGUAGUUGCAAGUAAAGCAUGGAUGGUGCUCCCUCCUGCUAUUAGGCCGGAUUUUCAUUCUUUAUUUAAAUGUUUACCUAGUUCUAGGGCGGAUUCUACUGUGAAGAAAUAUCUUAAGGAAAUCAACAAGUUUUUACUGCGGUGUAGGACUCGGAAAAUUGCGCUACAGUUGCCAUUUUCUCCUUUUGUUGUUCAUCUGUUUGGCUUAGAUCAACAGCUUACGUCCCCGGCCGCAAUGGUUUUGGUCCAUGCUGCGCUGAAAUGGUACCAUUCCUUUGUUCCUGAUGAUGGUCCCAAUCCUUUGGAUAACGCUUGUUGCAAGAAUUUGAUUGAGUGCGCCAAGAGGACAAGGAGCAAUCCAGUUCACAAGAAAAAGCCCGUGGACCCUGCUAUCAUUAGAAGCAUUAUUGACAGACAUGGCGCUGAGGAAGCAUCUUUAAAGGACUUACGUAUUGCCGCAAUACGUUCUUUAGGUUUUGCAGGAUUGUUUCGUUUUAACGAGUUGGCUAAUAUUCAGCAAAAACACCUCACGUUUUGCGAUGGUUUUGUUAAAAUUUUUGUGCCAAGGAGUAAAACGGAUGUAUAUAGAGAGGGCAAUUAUGUUUAUAUCGCUAAGUUAGGGAACAAAUACUGCCCAGUAGCUAUCUUACGUAGGUAUAUUGAAGCAGCCAAUUUGGAUCUGUCUAGUCAUUUGCCUUUAUUCAGGCCAUUAACGAAGAACAAGUCGGGUCAUACUCUUAGGAAUGGCAAGUUAUCCUAUACUCGCUGCAGGGAAAUAUCAAAAUAUUUAAGACUACUUUGA